AUGGCGACUCGUCUAUUAAAAGUCACGACCACUGUGGCAAAAGUUUUGCCUCAGUACCAAAGGGCCCUCCCGCUAACCUCUGUGACCUGUAAGAGAUGGAGAUCAACCCAAGCAGCAACUUAUGAGCAAGCAAUCCUAAAUGUCCCAGAAACCAAAGUUUCAUUACUAGACAAUGGAUUGCGGGUAGCAACUGAAGACUCUGGAUUGCCUACAUGUACUGUGGGUUUGUGGAUUGAUGCUGGAAGCAGAUUUGAAAAUGCUAAAAACAAUGGUACAGCACACUUCCUGGAGCAUAUGGCUUUCAAGGGAACCUCUAAAAGGUCUCAGACUGACCUGGAAUUGGAGGUAGAGAACAUGGGUGCUCAUCUCAAUGCAUACACCUCACGGGAACAAACUGUCUACUAUGCCAAGUGCUUUUCAAAAGACUUAAAAAAUGCGGUGGAGAUCUUGUCAGAUAUAAUACAGAACAGCACUUUAGGUGAGCAGGAGAUCGAAAGGGAGAGAGGUGUUAUCUUAAGAGAAAUGCAGGAGGUAGAGACAAACCUCCAGGAAGUUGUGUUUGACCACCUACAUGCUACAGCCUUCCAGGGAACACCUCUUGGUAGAACCAUCUUAGGACCCACUGAAAAUAUCAAGACAAUUAACAGGAAUGACCUGGUGCAGUACAUCUCAACACACUACAGAGGCCCUCACAUGAUUCUAGCGGGAGCUGGAGGCGUAGAUCAUGAUGAGCUUGUGAGCCUAGCAGAAAAGCACUUUGGAAAUAUUGGUGGCUCGUUUCAGGGUGAAAUCCCUUCCCUGACACCUUGUCCUUUCACAGGGAGUGAGAUCCGAGUGCGAGAUGACAGCAUGCCCCUGGCACAUGUAGCCCUUGCUGUGGAGGGAUGUGGCUGGUCUAAUCCAGACAACAUUGCCCUGAUGGUGGCCAACACUCUGAUAGGCAGCUGGGACCGAUCCCACGGAGGUGGGCCCAACCUGGCCAGUAAGCUGGCUGCCAAUGCAGCAAAGGGAGAGCUAGCUCACAGCUUCCAGUCCUUUAAUACAUGCUACACUGACACAGGUCUCUGGGGAAUCUACUUCGUUUGUGAGCCAUUGCAACUUGGUGAUAUGAUGUUCAAUGUCCAGGGUGAAUGGAUGAGAUUGUGCUCAAAUGUGACAGAGUUUGAAGUGGAGAGAGCCAGAAACCUGCUGAAGACAAACCUGUUAUUACAACUAGAUGGGUCCACACCUAUCUGUGAAGACAUUGGAAGGCAAAUGCUGUGUUAUAGUAGAAGAAUUCCAUUGCCUGAACUCGAGGCUAGAAUUGAGGCUGUGGAUGCUAAUGCUGUAAAGAGAGUCUGUAUGAAAUAUAUUUAUGACAAGUGUCCUGCCAUUGCAGCAGUUGGCCCAAUUGAGCAGUUGCUGGACUACAACAGAAUCCGAGGUGGGAUGUACUGGCUGCGGUUAUAAUAUUUUUCAUAGGAUUUCAAAUAAACACUUGUGGUAUCCUGACACAUCAGUAAUAGACUCAAGGACAAUACUGUUUUCGUGGCCACUAUGGAUAAACCUUUCUUGAGGACAGCGAGUUGAUAGCCUUCAGUCCAUGAUUGUAAAAACCAUCUGGGAUGUUAUUGGUUACAUCCACGCCUUGUCUCGUUACUUAUGAAAGGUUUUUAUAGUAGUUGCAAUGUUCCCUUUUUGGGGAAAGUGAAUGAUUUGUUAUUGCAUUCUGUAGUCGUGCUGCGUAGCUGUCAGAAUAUAUGAAAAAGUUUCAGAUUCUUAUUAAAUGUUGUGAGUGUGAAUGAAAA